AGUCCUCUUUUUGUGUGGAGCGUAUGCGUAAACCUCCACACACUGGUGUCACUGCCCAUUGGGACAUCAGGGGAAAGAGCUAGGCAGUGGCAAAAGAGUGAGGAGAGCACGUUCGCCAGACGGUGCCCAAUGAACUGACUUCUUUUUUUAUUUAGCUUAUUAUUUUUGUCUUUUCAACAGCUACCUGAAGUUUCUGACAGUAAAGCCGUCAUGGCAGACCUGGGCUGCAAAAAGCCCAGCGACUGCACCGUCUCCAGGCUCCUCAGCGUAGUGGAGAGCGAACUCCGGGCUGGGAGAGACAAAGGCGACCCCACGGAGAAACAGCUCCAGGUUGUCUUGGAGGAUGCGACGCUCUGGCAGAGAUUCAGGGAAGUCACUAAUGAGAUGAUCGUGACCAAGAAUGGCAGGCGGAUGUUCCCUGUUUUGAAGAUCAGCGUGUCAGGCUUGGAUCCAAACGCCAUGUACUCCUUCCUGUUGGACUUCGCUCCGACUGAUGGCCACCGCUGGAAGUACGUCAAUGGAGAAUGGGUGCCAGCUGGGAAACCAGAGCCACCGAACCACAGCUGUGUCUACAUCCACCCAGACUCUCCCAACUUUGGGGCCCAUUGGAUGAAAGCUGCCAUUUCCUUCAGCAAAGUCAAACUUACCAACAAGCUCAAUGGGAGUGGGCAGAUAAUGUUGAACUCCCUGCAUAAAUAUGAGCCCCAGGUACACAUAGUUCGUGUGGGAGGCCCUCACCGGAUGGUGAUGAACUGCUCCUUCCCUGAGACCCAGUUCAUAGCUGUGACUGCCUAUCAGAAUGAAGAGAUAACAGCUCUCAAAAUCAAGUAUAAUCCCUUUGCCAAAGCCUUCCUGGAUGCAAAGGAAAGAAACCAUUCUAAGGAUGCUCCAGAAACAGUCUCUGAAGGUCAACAUAUGACAUACUCUCACUGUGGCUGGUUGAUUUCCAGCCCAGACCCAAUGUGUGCCUCGGGAAGCUCGAAUUACCAGUACAGUGGACCUUUGCCUCUGCCCGCUCCGCACGCUCCGCACAGCUGCGAGAGAUACUCAGCCCUGCGAGGCCAUCGGGCUGCUCCAUACCCACCCUCCUACAUGCAGAGGAAUCACUCCCCUACAGUUAAUUUGCUGGAGAGCUCCAGCAGUAAUCUUCAGGUAUUCUCAGGACAUGACAGCUGGACUUUGCCAUCCUCUCCACAUGCUAACUUGCUCUCAGUGCCACAUACAAAGGGAGGUGCCAGCCCUGGACCCAGCCACUACCCUUGCCUGUGGACAGUGAGCAACAGUGCUGUAAAUGUUGUCAACCCAGCAAGUGAGGUGAACAGCAGCCCUCCAAGCAUGUUUUUAAGGGGUAAUGUUCCCUUACCUGCUGCAUCAUCAGUGCAAAUCCCUCUGCAGGGAAUGGUGUCUGGCAGCACGGAAGCACAAGGGGAAGGCGCUCUCGCCAGAUUGUCCGACUCCACGUGGACAUCCUCACACUCCUUCUAAUGGACAGGCAGGUCCCGAGGGAAGCUCACCCAAACAAGAUGGACACAAACAGCAAAUGAUCCCUGAGGAGUGCAGUGCAGGGCAGAACGUAUGCAGGAAAAGGAUUUCAUCACUUCCCAUAAUGUACCUUUUGUGUGCCAGUUAAACCAAAAUGCAAAGGCUGGAAAUAUUAUAGGAAACAGCUUAUUACUGUAACCAUUAUGCAUCAUUCAGGAUGAUGUCCAGAAAGAAUCAUUUUAGUUAGCUUUGCUUCUAUAUCACAUUAAAAAUGGUCAGAGACAUGGGACUGAGUGAAGUAGACAUGGCAGCUGGAUAUUUGCAUGUCAUUCUAGAAGCUCUUUCUGUAACUAACAGCCAAGUCCAGGGAAAAUUGUGAGCAAGUUUGCAACUGGUCAUUUGAAGGGACAGCACUGCUUUAAAGGCUUCUGAAUCUCUUACAUAAAGGUUUUCACAAUACCUGAAAGUAAACCCCUCAGGGGAUGAAUUAGUCUGCCAUCCUAAUGCCACCUGCAUACAGCAUUCUCUGUCCCCUUCCCUUCUCCAGCUGCUGUUUGCUGUGUGUGUGCCAUGGGGAUAGUGGGCACACUCAAGCUGCAAAACUGGCUGCACUGUAGCAGCAGGGUGAAGGGCAGCUAGUUUAGCAUUUAGAGUCUGAUGUUACAGUCUUUGAAAUGGAAAGUUCCAGUGUUUCCAAUAUGUGCUAUUUUUGAAAGGGUGGAGAGAAAAGAAUUAUAGAAAAAAUAUUCAGCUUGCAUUUCCACUUUGCUUCAGAUAUACAGUACAAAUAAAGUAUGAAUACGUGGUGUAUUAUCUCCUCAGUGCCUUUCCAAGGUGUAAACACACACCCAGUCUUUCUCACCUAACAAACUCUGAGCUAUUUAAAGCAGCUCUGUCAGAAGCAAGUUGACAGAACAGGAAUUUUUGAUUCUUUGUCCAGUUAAUGGGGGUAUGCUCCUGGGCAUUGUAUUUCAUGUCUUCACACCUGUUUCCCCUCUCACUUUGUCUCCUUCAGCUUCCUUUUUCAGGCUACAGCUUUUCCCAUCCUGUGUGAGUGUACAGCAUUUAGCACAGUGGAGGCCUCAUUCUGUUUGGGAUUUCUAACCACUACUGCGAUGCAAAUAACAACAGCCAUCCCCCAGUCUUCCUUGUCCUUUCAUGUAUCUCCUCAGGCAAGCCCUAUCAAAUUCUCAGAGAAGAGUGCUGCUGUUUGAUUUCUAUAAAGAAAAAAUUGCAAUCUAACUCAUGUAGAUAUGUCCUUGUAUAAUGAAAUGCCCAGCAGCAAUUCAGGUCUGUUUAGAGUCAUGUGCUUUAAUAGGGGACAAUCCUCAGCAUAGAAGGGGAUUCUCCAAAGCUCCUGUGAGCUGGUGUCUCUGCUUCUGCUAGAUACAGCAACAAUCCCUUUGUGAAUACUCAUUUAUUGCAUACAGACCCUGGGAGCAAUAUUUUCUUUUGGGUAGACAUUAGAGGCAGCAGCAAGAGACCUCGAUUCAGGCUGUCAAAUGUGCAUGUGUCUGGUGAACUUAGCAAGCUUCUGUUUGGUAUUCUAUUACCUGGCCCUGAACCAUGCCCUUAAGUUGCUCUUAGUAUUAAGCAUUUCCAUGCCUUCCCCAUCUGGCUUUUCAGAUUUGCUGCAGGCAAGAUCAUGUGCCAGAAUGUACUCAUUAACACUGUUAGUUUUGCUGAGUUGUGCUGCAAUCCCCUAAGAUCAAGUAAUCAUGUUGCUUCAGAUGUGCAUUUUUAUUAAUAGAGGCAUUGGUCAAACAAGAGUUAAUAGAGUGCAAAAAGUUCUCCAUCCUGCUAUCAGUCUAAUCCUUGUCAGUCCUGACUGUAAAUCUGCCUUCCCACGUUCUGACAAAAGCUUGGUGAUGAGUUUCUCAAUGUUAUGUUUCCCUACCUUGCAGCAAGAAAUGUAGGUAGGUGUUUCUCUCAAAAAUAACUCUGCUUUACAGAUGAGGUUUAUUAACUAACUUAUGCUACCCUCUUGGCUGUUCAGCUCCCCACAGACACACCACACACAGAGUCUACACAAGAUGCUAAAAAGCAGGCAGGUGGUGACUUCUCUGUCCAGGACUCGCAAUGCUUCCUCCAUGGUUAAUGAGUUGGAUAAUUUCUUAUCCCAUAUACUGCAUUACAGUAAUACAAGAGUGAUAAUAAGGUGUUACACAAACUGCAUUUUUAUUACACAAAUAAACAAUGUAGGGGAACAUCUAAUUAGCUUUCCUGAUAGUCCCAUAGGAUUGAAAGAAUUAGAAAAUGAUCAAAGUGAACGGGCAAAGUAAUUUUUCUUUCUUUUCACUGUAAAAGCAGCCAUGAUUCAUGUCACAGGAAGGGAAAAGUUCUGAGACCUCAGAACUGAGCUAAGUCUUUGUCAUUGCAGACAAUCUGAUUUAGCCCAAGCCUGAGAAAUGACACAGAAAGAUAAAAUUACCCUUGGUUUGCUCACUACUCUUGGCCCCAUCUCAGUACAAGCUGCUAUUUGUAGCCCAAAGCCCUAGGCUUGAGGACAGCAGGGAGUGGGCUGAUCUUGGGUUUUGCGUUGGGGAGUCCUGCAAGGAACAGGGAGUUUGACUCGAUCCUUAUGGGUUCCUUUCAGCUUGAGAUCUGUGAUUCUGUUCUAUGAUUCUGGAACUUGGUAAAUGGUUUGGGAACUCCUAUCUGGUUUGGACAGGUUACUCCUAAGCAGUGGAAGCACUGGAGAAAGCUUUUGCUAACUGUUCACAAGAAAAACUGCUGUUCCAACUUCACAGAUCUCCUUUCCCACCACCAUGGACUUCCCUACAGCACAGUAAAAGGCUGGGAUGCUGUCUGCACUGUUCUCCUGUGGGUAGCAGAUUCCCUUAACUGUGAUGAAAACGGUUCUCCUCCUAAUAAACCAUUACUGUGGA